AUGUAUCCCUUUCUUCCCUGGAGUCAGAACCAGUCUAGUGUUCGCUCCUCUCUGAGCGAAGCCACCACUAGCACCCAGAAUGUCUCCUUCAGUUUCAGCUUCGGCAGCUCUUGCUCACCUACUUCGAUGCCGCCUCCCCCACCACCUUCUCCCACUGAUUCCUUGCUCGACAUCACUCCUCGCAAGUGCUCCUUUUCUAGCGGCUAUGAGAUGAACAACUCGUGCGCAUUCCCAUCUUGGCCCAACCGCCCUUCUCUGCUGAGUGCAGACUCAGAGGGCUCCAGUGCCAGCGCCUACCUUUCCGACGAAGAUCUCCUCCCCAUCGGCUCUGGAUCCCCCUGCGAGAGUGCGAUCGACGAAGAAUCCGCCGCGCAGGACCCGACCAUGGGAGACGUUGACCUGACCACCGAGCAGCAGAUCCAGAUGAUUCGCGCCGCAGCGGAAGAAGAAGCGCAGCGCGCGCGUUUCCUUGCUCAGGUGCAGGCCCAUGCGAGAGCACAGCAGGCCAUGCGGGUGGCACAGAUGGCAGCGGCAGAGCGCGAGAACGCAAAGCGCAAGAAGCGCAAGGCCAUCCCCGAGAGGAAGCGGCGGACCGCAUCAGCUUCGAAAGCCACCGUCUGCCGCGCCUAA